AUGGAUGAUAAACGGGGGCCCAGAACUGCUCCCUUCUACAUGGUGCCAUCCCGUCGCCUUGUCAGUGUUGAGCACCCGGCCGUGGUCCGCAAUGUCGACAAAGCGAUUGACACGUUACAAGGCAAUGCCGGAAUUAAAACAAUCCUGAACCCAGCCCAAGAAGGCACACUAGCUAAUCUGGUAUUGCGGCCAGAAGAUGCCAUGGCUCGAUCGGUCCAGUCAACGAGUAUGCAAUCGAACAAUGUCCUGCUCAAAGUAACUGUGCCCAAGAGGACAGGAAGAAGGCGCAAGAGAGGCUCCAAUGAGCCUUUCGCAAACGUACCAGAGUCGAAUACAUCCGGGCCGCCCCCACGACGGACCGCGAAGGAUCUCUUGCGCAGUCUGAGUGACAACCCUUCCAAGUAUCAGAUUGAGCCAGUUGGAAGGGUUGAACGCACACAUGUGUUCCGAGGAAUUCCUGAUUUCGUUUACUCAACCACGGCGAGUACCUUUACGAAUCGAUUCCGAGACCAGAUUCUUCCCUUUGACUUCGACAAGAUGAAGCAAUUCGACAUCGACAUGACCAAAGGCGCUUCCGGGAAUGCAGAUCUCAUCCCACCGCCAUCAUUCAGCCACGGGGAUGUCCCAUUCCACUACAUCUACCGACAAAACCCAACGGUGAAACAGGCAAUCGGCCGCUCCGGCAAACUAGAAACCGUGAACACACAAACCGCCAACAAAGUUCUAACCCACCUAGUCCCCUACGAUAUACCCAAAGUUCCAUCCGAGCCACGUCCAGACAUGCUCCCAAUAAGCGCACUGGACGCAGGCAUGCUCCGCACAAUCGCGACACUAAAUGCUCUGUACGAAAAACAGCCCGCCUGGACACGUCGAGGACUCCGCAACAACCUCACAACGGACGAAGAACGUCUGAACCUGCGGCACGCAAUUCCAUACGUGGGCUACAUCUUCCGAUCUGGACCAUGGCGUGACGCAAUCAUCAAACUGGGCGUCGACCCACGCACCUCACCAGAGUACCGACACUAUCAAACCUUCAUGUUCCGCCUCCUGGCACGGGAAGCGGAACUCGCACGCGACGGCGGCGGCGGCCGACGCCACAACGUUCCCCGACCAAGCGACCAGCGCGUAGGCGAAGACGAAAACGCCAGCGGGCCGUCAACGGGCCACAUCUUUACCGGAAAGCAACCCUUUGCACAAGACGGACGGAUCUGGAUGGUCGGUGAGAUUCAGGACGCGCAGCUGCGGGCAGAGUUAUAUCCUCCCGAGGCAGGACCUGGAUUCCUGCGCAGCGAGUGCGACAUUGUUACUGAUGGGUGGUUUGGGAAUGGCACGCUUGCGAAGGCGAAGACGGUUAUGCGCCAUAAGAUCCAGGCGUUGAUGGAAGGGCGGGAACCUAUUGAUGCGGAUUAUACGAAGAUCUUGCGGCUUCCUGCGCACGCGCGGUCUGAGGCUGAUUUCCCGCUUUUCACGCUUGAUCCUGACGUUGCCACCCAAAAGGAGAUUAGUCUUGCUACAGAGGUUCGGGCGGUUAUUCGUGGCUCGCCGGUCUGGAGGAAUUUGUCUGCUAACGCUGGGUUGGUGAGGAAGGAGGCUGGGGAGGGGAGGGGCAAGGUGAAGGGAAAGCAAGCUUUGAAGGGGAAGGGGGUUGAGCCAGAACCGGAGCCUGAGCCUGAGCCCGAGAAGGGGGAUGAGGAGAGUGAGGGUGAGGAGGAGGAAAUUCAGCGGAGAGAGAUGUUAGCUGCUCAGGUUGCGGAUGCUGCUGCGGCGAGGGAUGCGGAUGAAGCUGAUGAAGCUGAUGACGACGACGAGGAUGACGGGGAUGGGGAUGAUAGUGAUGAUAUGGACGAAGACGAGGACGAGUAA